AUGUCGACCCCUUGUGACGAACGCCACUCUGUAGCCAACGCCUCUUCUGCCUUCCCCGUUGAUAAAUUUGAAGACCAACACGCGGAAGUAGAAGUAUCCCAAAUCAGCACCUACAUUGCCCCUGCCUACGCUGCGGUGGGCAGCCCUGACUGCGCAUAUUUCGAGUGGGACGCAUCGCAACCGGUGCUAUCCCAAACCAUCUCCGCCAGCCCGCCCUCCCCGAUUGCAUCCUCCACGAGCCAACCCAGCACUUCGAGGCCGGCCAAGCGUCCUCUCACAGAUGACGAUGCGCCGCAAGGCUCGCCAAAAGUGCCGCGGCUGGCCAAGAAAGGGGGCUUAUCCUCCCCUGACACCGCUCUUACUGAGGUCCAACCUAAGCGCAAGCAUAAUGACUAUAUUCGGCGGCUGCACGAGUCCGGAUACAAAGCGAUGUCGAAGGACAUCGUGAAGGAAAUUGGCUUGAUCUGGCGCUCUCUUCCCUAUGAUGAGUCUCAGUACUGGAAGGAUCAGGCCAAGGGCGUUAAGGGCGAGCAUAAAACAGUCUACCCGGGCUAUAAAUACAAGCCCGUACACAAGAAGAAGACGGGGAGGCCUCCCAAGUGCAAGCCUCGGAUUGACGACAUUCUUGCAGAGCUGGACGAAAAGGAGGGGAAGGAGAACAACCUGCAGCCAAAGGAAGAUAUAUUGGCUAAGCGACAGGGUACAUUGAUCGAGGGCGGUCACACCGUAGAGAAUAUGCGGGCGAUUGCAGAUCGUCCACAUCCUCAAUCGCGCUUUCCGCUCCAUUAUUCCGUUUAUUCACAAGGCGCAGCCACAGCGCAGUAUGCUGAGACGAAUAAAGGACCGUCUUAUGCAGCGCAAGCAGUGCCGCAGUUUCAGCCACAGUUCGCAUCGGUGAUCCCAGCAUUCCAGCAGGCGGGAGCAUCUUGUCUUGCCACACAUCAUGCAUGGCAGCCAGUCCAUUCAAGUCCAGGAUAUACGCAUAAUUUAGAUCCGGCGGCGUAUAAUGGCUUUGCUCGCUCAAAUAUUGCAUAUCCAUUGACAUAUCGUAUAGGCGGAAAUCAUGCACAACAUGGGCACCCCACACAAAUGAAUGGCUUCGAGGUCGUGGCGCCAAUGUCGAUGUACAACGCCGCACAGUGCCCUGCAUACCUACCGUCCCCAUCACACUUCUAUGCAGGAAGCCCUGCCGCACUGCACCACUGUGGAACGACAGUACAAUACACACCUCUGCAUGCGAUGCCGACACCCUAUAGCAUUCAUGAGCCGAGCUCGCCUUACGUUGGGACCCCCCGCGAGUUCUCCCAGUCCGCGCCUCCGAGCCAGACUGCACAAGGGCCCUCGGAAGAGGAUGUGGCAUGGAUGCUUGCCGUGCUCGAGGAGCAGGAAUUGCUUGUCCCACAGCAUAGGGAUUCUCCCGACUUGGCGACAUCGCUGAUGUUCCCGGCAGAGGUCCACGACCACCUCACGGCACCCGAAGAACUGCCGCAGAGUGCAGGCCGGUUCUCUGACAUGCUUCGGGAUAUUGAUCGAUGGUCAGACUCCCAAUAG